AGUCCUGAAGGGCAUUGAUGUUCUAACGAAAGCAAGGACGUUCAGUGCAGGCUACAUACAAAAGCAUACUAUUCUAAAAUGUCAUUAACAGCAUGUUUGUAACAACUGGGGUACAGUUGAAUGGGCUUAUUUGCCCUAUUUUUGUAAUUUGUUUUUGGCUGUAGUUUUGUGAACCACCGCAAUAUGUGAUUUUUACCCCCAGGUUGAUUUCAGUCACCAUUAUAAUUAUGUGUUGACCAGCUCUUUUGCUUCAAACAAAUACAGAAAUAGUGUGGCAAAAGUAAUAUUUUUGGGUCCAUGUUAUAUGGACCUCUGAAGAGAGAGAAUAUGUAAAGAAAUCAUAUUUUGCCUAAGGUGAUUCUGUUUAUUUGCUUGAUAACUGCUCUAAGAGGUAUAGUGCUAAAAGUUAUUAUAUGCUUUCAGAAGAAGCAACAUGAUUUCUUAAAAGUCUUCAUAAUUUAGUGCUCCUGAAGUACAGAUAAACCUUCAGAGAUUCUAAUUUAGCUUUUAUAUCUCAAAUAUAGGGCACUGAGGAUUGGGUUAUUAUAGACAAAAUACCCUCUGAGGUAGUUGAUGCUGAAUCGGAAAAAAUUCUGGCAUACAAAGUAGUGACUGUGAGCAGUAAAACUGCCUUUCCACCUGAAAUAUUAAAAUCCAGUACCCUUCUAACGCAGAGCUUUGAGGACUUGGAAAGUGAAAUACAAUCCAAUGAGGAAAAUAAGCAGAAAAUGUUCACCCUAGGAAAGUCCUAUGAUACUGUAUCUGGGAAAAUUGUAACUAUGACAAGUAAAGCUAAAGAGGGUGAGAAAGCAGUACAGCCUUCCAUAGAAACUUUGCAAAAACUGGAAAGGGAAGUGCAAGACUCUGUGAAAAUCGUUCCAACAGUGACCAAGUAUGAAAUUCUCAAGCCUGUCACUGAUGAGAAAGCCAGGCGGGGAUCCGAUGUGCAGAGCACGAGAAGAAAGCUGUCUGACUCUCUGACACCCAUAAAGGAAGCAGAAUCUCAGUUGCAAAGUCCCGAAGAGGAGAGUUUGAAAAAGACACUAAGGAUGGACCAGGAUUUGCAGUUACUUGGUACACUGGGAAGCUUACAGCUUGGCAAAGCAGAAAAACAUCUUGGCGGAGAAGCUGUAAAAGCAGGGGCGUUUUCCCGGACAGAUAAGAGCCUGUCUGAGUGGAGAUAUUCCAGAGAACAGCCAUUUACCAUUGCUACUGCUCACUAUGUUACUGAGUCGUCUGCAUCAAAAGUAGUGGUAACAAGUGGCUUUGACUUCAUGCCACAAUUUAAAGAUAAAAGCAUGACUUCUUUUAGGCAAUCCCUUCACACCACCCUAGCUUUUGGUUCUCUUGCUGCCUGGCUUUAUGUUGACAGCAGCCAACCCAGCUUAUUUUUUUUCUCUCAUACUUUGAAUCCGUCUCACAGUCUGAAGCAGACAUUAUAUAAGGCUUUCAACCUUUCUGGUUUAUGUACUGAAAUUCAGUAUUGCUGCUGUGGCUUGUUAAUGAAAGGAAAAAAAAAAAGGUUUGCUUGAACCAGCAAAACGCCAAUGCUAACAACUAUGCUUUGUAACAAUUGCUCACUACAGCUAUUAUGAAUUUGCUCUGAUUUAUUUUCCCAUUCUUUUCCUGUUUCCAACUUCUCCGUGCCCCUGCAACCUUCUCUCCUUUUCCUCUGUCUCCGCCUCUGGUUUUGGCAAUUAAUAUGUCUGUGCAUAUGAGUCUGCCUUUUUUUCUGUGUAUGACUCUACAUUUCUUUA